UGUGUUAUCUUUUGUUGUGUUUUUAUGUUCAACGUCGCGAAUUGCUAUAUAAACAAAAAGUUUCUCUUAAUUUAAAGGACAAUGGACGAUACGUACAAUCAUGUCAUUCCUAAUAUGAAUGCAGAAGAAUAUAGAAAUUUGAGUGAUGCAGAUAGACCACCGGUGCAUGACAAACAAUUACAAGUCAUUAAAGUUUUUCAAGACAAAAGCGUCAUUAUUGGCGCGAGUAACAUGACUGAUAGAACUUGGAGUGGCACCUUUUUGUACUUUAAUCAAUUGGAGAAUUUCGAUAAAAAUAACGCGUACGGAGCAAUAAGAGCUGAUAGUGGAAUUGCGGACGCUGCUUUUCUUGGUCAGCAUGACAAGUGCAUUAUUGGCGAAGACAGUGGAAUGAUUCAAAUCGUUAAAUUAAUUGACGAGAAAAAUGUGGAAGGUGGCUCGAUGUUGAAGUCAUUCAGUCCAUUAAGUUACUCUUGUGAACACGACGAUUGUUUAAUAACUUUGUCAGUAUUUGACAAUAAUGUAACUGUCGUUUCUGCAGGAAUGGAUUGUUGUAUUAAAGUUUGGAAUGUGACAGAGGAUCUUAAAUCGAUGUACUCUUAUAAUUCGGCGCAUUGUGAUACAAUCACCUGUGUGAGUGCACAAGCGAAGAGUGAUUCUAUUUUUGCGUCCACUUCAAUGGAUUCUGAUGCUCUUAUCUGGGAUAUCAGGAAGGAGAAACCAGCCCAUGGAAUUUUCAAAAAGAAGAAUUGUGGUUUAACAGCGAUUGCUUGGAAGCCGAACGAUGAAAAUAUUGCUGCUAUUGGCGCUGAAGACGGUAGCAUUACCAUUGUCGAUAUUCGUAAUCCAAAUUCCGAAGUAUCUUCCAAUGUACUUUUCGACAGAGCGGUCUAUAAACUUGAAUUUAAUCCCCAAAUUCCGAAUCAAUUAGCCGGAUGCUGCGAUGGAAACAUGGUGAAAAUGUUCGACAUUGAUCGAAGCCUGGCAACAAUUUAUGAAGACGACAGACAUCAAGAUUUCGUUCGUGGCCUCGCUUGGUAUCAGAACAAACUUCUCACUUGUUCUUGGGACAAUAACAUUCUCAAUCAUUCACUAGUGGAAUUAUAAUAAUACGGUAUUUUUUUUCUUCAUAAAUAAGAAAUGAAUUUAAAAAAAAAAUCUAGUUACUACUUUCAAUUCGCGUUUUUGUCACUUUAAGAAAGUCGUGUAAAUAAUUCUUAAUUAACUGUAAGAUGGUUUCUUCAUUUUUUUUCACCAAUUGUAUGUAGUGGGUUUAAGUUUUUGUUAAUAACAAAAAUAUAUUUUUUAAAAUUAA